UCAUCGCUUCCUUUAACAUUGAUUGAUUCGUCGGCCUUCCAUCUCUUCCCAAUCCUCUCUCUCCGAUCUUCUGGUCAAAUUCAUCCCCACGAGUUUUAUCAUCUACGAUCCUAGAUCAAACCAAACCGAUCCUCCAAGUACACAAGAGAGACUCUACCUUCGAUUCGAACCCUAAGCUAUGUACAGCAAUUUCAAGGAACGGGCGAUCGAGUACGUGAAGCAAGCGGUUCAAGAAGACAAUGCCGGGAACUACAACAAGGCCUUCCCUCUCUACACGAACGCGCUCGAGUACUUCAAAACGCAUCUCAAGUACGAGAAGAACCCCAAGAUCAGAGAAGCCAUCACCCAGAAAUUCACCGAGUACCUCCGCCGCGCGGAGGAGAUCCGUGCCGUUCUCGAUGAAGGAGGAGUCUCGGGUCCUGGAUCUAACGGCGGCGACGCGGCGGCGGCGGUGGCGACGAGGCCGAAGAGCAAGGCGAAAGAUGGAGGAGGGGAUGGAGGAGAGGACGCGGAGCAGUCUAAGCUCCGAGCUGGAUUGAACUCUGCGAUUGUGAGGGAGAAGCCUAACAUUAAGUGGACAGAUGUUGCUGGGCUCGAAAGCGCUAAGCAAGCUUUGCAGGAAGCUGUGAUUUUGCCUGUCAAGUUUCCUCAGUUCUUCACCGGAAAGAGGAGGCCGUGGCGAGCUUUUCUCUUGUAUGGGCCGCCUGGAACAGGAAAGUCUUACUUGGCCAAAGCUGUUGCUACUGAAGCUGACUCUACCUUCUUUAGCGUGUCCUCAUCAGACCUGGUCUCGAAGUGGAUGGGUGAAAGUGAGAAGUUAGUGUCAAACCUUUUCGAGAUGGCCCGUGAAAGUUCUCCCUCGAUUAUUUUCGUUGAUGAGAUAGAUUCGUUGUGUGGUCAACGUGGAGAAGGAAACGAGAGUGAAGCUUCAAGACGUAUCAAAACAGAGCUUCUUGUGCAGAUGCAGGGUGUUGGACAUAGUGAUGAUAAAGUACUUGUGCUUGCAGCAACCAAUACACCUUAUGCUCUUGAUCAGGCUAUUAGGCGACGUUUUGAUAAACGUAUUUAUAUUCCUCUCCCAGAAGCCAAGGCUAGGCAGCACAUGUUCAAAGUUCAUUUGGGAGACACGCCUCAUAAUUUAACUGAAUCUGAUUUUGAAUAUUUGGGGCUCAAGACAGAAGGGUUUUCUGGUUCAGAUGUUUCCGUUUGUGUAAAAGAUGUCCUUUUUGAGCCUGUUCGCAAAACUCAAGACGCAAUGUUCUUUUUUAAGUCACCUGAUGGUACAUGGAUGCCAUGUGGACCGAGGCAGCCUGGAGCUAUCCAAACCACAAUGCAAGAUUUAGCAGCUAAAGGCCUUGCCGAAAAGAUUAUUCCACCACCAAUCACAAGAACAGAUUUCGAGAAGGUACUUGCUAGACAGAGGCCAACAGUAAGCAAAUCUGACCUUGACGUCCAUGAGAGAUUCACACAGGAGUUUGGAGAAGAAGGUUAAUAGAUUUGUCACAUAUCAUUGUCUCUUCAGUUUCUCCUUAUGUAUGUACUGAGAAGAAGUAAACAAAUCUCAAACCCAUGUUUUAUUUGAUUCCAAAAUAUUUCUUUUGCUUUAUUUCUUGAAAUGUGUAAAAAAAUUGUUCUAAAUGCUGAAACAAUGAUUUUCUAAUUUAUUAUUGUCACCAAAA